AUGGAGCAUAACAAUUCCCAUAAUAACAACAGCUAUAUUCCCUCACAUACCCGACGGCGGAGCGGAUCUUUGGUUUUCGGAGGCGCGGGCGCCAGACAUUCCAUGUCACAUGUGAGGAGACAUUCCCCUCUGCAUGAAGACAAACCUGUUCCGGAGGAACCGUAUGGAUCCGAUCUCUCUGGCGCGACAACGAGCGAUGAUAUGGAGAUGGAGGACUUGAACUCGGACGAGGAAUUGACGGAUGACGAAGAGACGGGACUUACACACGCGGAGCGCAAGAAGAGAAGGAGACGGAAGAGCAGGAAUCAACGCUUGGAUCAGAGGGUUGCGCCGGGAGACGAUGUUCAGAAGGCGGAAGACCAGGUCAUGACGGCCAGCUUCAUCAAGGAUACUAUAAUCAAUGCGCUGCUUAUUGGGCUGUGGUACAGCUUUUCCAUCUCCAUUAGUGUCUACAACAAGUGGAUGUUCAGCUCGGAGAAUCUGGACUUCCACUUCCCGCUCUUCACGACGAGCGUGCACAUGCUGGUGCAAUUCACACUGGCGAGUCUGGUACUCUGGAUUAUCCCGCGCUUUCGACCCAAUGCCGACCAGGGCGAUCAAGAUGGCCACGGCUCAUAUUCGCAGCUCAACGGCCACGAUACCAACACAACCAUCGACCACGAACCAAAAUCCACAAUCAAGAAGCCGCUCAUGACCAGGUCCUUCUACCUCACCCGCAUCUCCCCCUGUGGAACCGCAACCGCCCUCGACAUCGGUCUAGGAAACUUCUCCCUCCGCUUCAUCACGCUCACCUUCUUCACAAUGUGCAAAUCCUCCGUCCUGGCCUUCGUCCUCCUCUUCGCCUUCCUCUUCCGCCUCGAAACACCGACCUGGAAACUCUGCGCCGUGAUUCUGUUCAUGACAUUCGGAGUCAUCAUGAUGGUAGCAGGCGAAGCCUCCUUCAACGCCCUCGGCUUCCUGCUCGUAAUGAGCGCUUCUUUCUGUUCCGGCUUCCGAUGGAGUCUGACACAAAUCCUCCUCCUCCGAAACGCAGCGACCAGCAACCCGUUCAGUUCGAUCUUCUUCCUCACGCCUUCCAUGUUCCUCGUCCUGUUCCUCCUCGCCUUACCGAUCGAAACCCCGACGGCCGUCUUCGAAGGCCUCCAAACUCUCAGCACCGCGAAGGGAACCCCUUUGACAGCCGUCAUCAUCCUCUUCCCCGGCUGUCUGGCUUUCAUGAUGGUCGCAGCCGAAUUCGCCCUCCUCAAACGAACUUCAGUCGUGACGCUGAGUGUUUGCGGCAUCUUCAAAGAAGUCCUGACCAUCUCGGCCGCCUCCUACUCGUUCGGGGACCCCUUGAGUCCGAUCAACGUGAGCGGCCUGGUGGUUACCAUCGCGAGUAUUGCGGGGUACAAUUGGUUGAAAUACAGCAAGAUGAGAUCGGAGGCAAGGAAAGAAGCGCAGGGGACUAUAGAAGAUAAUGGAGGUGGUAGUGGUGGUAGUGGAGCAGAAGAGACGGAUCAUGCAAAUGGGAAGAGACAGAAAGCUGCAGCCGAGAAUGGACACAUUGCUCACCCGGAUACUUUUGCAGCAGGGAGGGAUAGCACGACGGAGACGGCGGGUCUGAUGCGAGAUAGCCUACUGGCAACGAAUGUGGAGCCCGGAGGCGUUGCCGUGCAUGGCAGAACACUGUCCUUGGGAACAGCAGGAAAUGGCGUGUUACGAGACGGACAAACUCAUAGUCCGGUCAAGAGACCCGAAGACUUGGAGUAG